CUUGACUCCUCUCCUCACCAGGAAAUUUCUGACUGUCUGAAGGAUGUCCUGCUCCAGCCUGUGCGUCCCCACCUGUGGGGUGGCCACCCCGGCCCCUCUGGCUGACACCUCCAACGAGCCCUGCGUGCGGCAGUGCCCUGACUCCACGGUGGUCAUCCAGCCCCCGGCCUCGGUGGUCACCUUCCCCGGGCCCAUCCUCAGCUCCUUCCCGCAGCAGAGCGCCGUGGGCUCUGCAGGAGCUCCCUACGUCGGAGCCGGCUCCGGUGGCUCCUUUGGAAGCCGUGGAGGCUACGGCGGUUGGGGCUACGGAGGCUACGGAGGGGGCUACGGCGGUUAUGGGGGCUGGGGCUAUGGAAGCCGUGGUGGCUAUGGGGGUUGGGGCUAUGGAGGCCGUGGGGGCUAUGGGGGCUGGGGUUGUGGAGGCUAUGGGGGCUAUGGUGGCUACGGUGGCUGGAGCAGCGGCCACCGCUACCUCAAUGGCAACUGUGGGCCCUGCUAAGCUCCAUCCUGAGUGUGGCCUCAGACCAAAGAGAGCUCCAGGAGAAACCCCGGCACAUCCCGACCCGACACUCUGUGCAAGAAAACCCCUUUGGCAUCGCCGGGCUCUGCACCUUGGACGCCUCGAGCCAGCUGGGGAACCACCUCUGCCUUGUUCCUGCCCCGCCUGAGCAUCCCCACGGGGCUCCGUGUGCCCCGAUCCCAGAGACUCGCCCGGAGCUGCUGCUCCUGCUCACCCGCCUCUGCCCAGGGCCAGGACACGGCAAGCCCUUGGCCAUGGCCCUGCUCUUCUGCCAAGCCCCUCCUGC